AAAGAUGGCGGUUGCUUUGAAGCAGUCUUAUUUGAGGCCUUAUUCUCCUUCCAGCUCUCCCUUUACUUGCAGUUUGAGGUCAUUCUUCUCUUUUAUGAGGUACUAUAGCUCCUGCUCCCUCCCUCCAGGCCCUGGACUCGAAGACUUUAUAAAAGAAAGAGAGUUCAAAGAUAUUCAGUUAUCAGGGACUGCUCUAAUGGAGGAUGACCACUCACCUCCACCUUAUCUAAAUGAGGAAACCAUUGCAGGAAGGAACAGAAAAGUCUAUUUUGAGACGUAUGGCUGUCAGAUGAAUGCUAAUGAUACUGAGAUUGCAUGGUCAAUACUAAGUAAUGCUGGAUAUCGUAGAGCUAAGGAAAUAACCGAUGCUGAUGUCAUAUUAGCUGUAACUUGUGCCAUAAGAGAAAAUGCCGAAAACAAGGUUUGGAAUAGACUUGACUACUUUAGUCAUUUAAAACAAAAGAGAUCAGCUAACCUUCCUCCACUGAAAGUUGGACUAUUAGGUUGCAUGGCUGAGAGAUUGAAAGAAAAGUUACUUGACACUGACAAACAAGUAGAUCUCAUCGCCGGACCAGAUGCGUAUCGUGACCUCCCCAGACUACUAGCAGUGACUGAGAGUGGAGAAGCAGCAGUUAAUGUGGCUCUGUCUCUUGAUGAAACUUAUGCUGAUGUCUCUCCAGUUAGACUCAAUGAGUCAUCUCCAACAGCAUUUGUUUCAAUCAUGCGUGGGUGUGACAACAUGUGCAGUUUCUGUAUUGUCCCGUUCACUCGUGGGAGGGAGAGAAGUCGUCCAAUGAGUUCAAUCAUAUCUGAAGUGAAGUCUCUAUCAGAACAAGGUAUAAAGCAGGUGACACUGUUAGGUCAGAAUGUUAAUAGCUACAGAGAAUUGUCACCAUCUCACUCGUCAUCUUCCCUAACUAAUCUCAGCAGAGGAUUCUCAUCAAUUUAUAAAAGCAAGGAAGGAGGAAGGAGGUUCGCUGAACUGCUUCAUGAAGUAGCACAAGUUGAUCCAGAUAUGAGGAUCAGAUUCACAUCGCCGCAUCCUAAAGACUUUCCUGAUGAAUUGUUGGAGGUUAUUAGAGAAAAUGGUAACAUCUGCAAGCAUAUACACCUUCCCAUUCAAAGUGGUAGCACAAGAAUUCUACAGCUAAUGAGAAGAGGUCAUACCAGAGAAGCUUAUCUGUCUCUUGUUGACAGAAUAAGAAGUAUUAUACCAGGUGUAGCUAUUUCAACAGACAUUAUUGCUGGAUUUUGUGACGAGAGAGAGGAAGAUCAUAAUGACACUUUAUCACUGAUGGAGCAAGUCAAAUAUGACAUGGCAUUCAUGUUUGCUUACAGCAUGAGAAAAAAAACGCAUGCAUAUCACAGGCUGAAGGACUCAGUCCCUGAAGAUAUAAAAAAGAAAAGAUUGGCAGAAAUCAUUAGCACAUUCUACUCGCUCUCUGGGUCUAGGAAUAAGAGAUUCAUAGGGACAGAGCAGCUAGUCUUACUAGUGUCUGCUACCAAGAGAAAUGAGAUGGACUGUAAAGGAAAGAGUGACACUAAUCACACAGUCAUAUUCCCAAGGAAACACCUUCCAGGGGAGGCUGAUAAUGAAGAGAGAGAACCAAAUACAGGAGAAUAUGUGAGAGUAAAGAUAACUGACUCAACUUCACUAUCUCUGAAGGGUGUGGCUAUAAGUCGUACAACUUUAACAGCAUUUAAUCAACAAAAUGACUGUCCAUCAUACACCAACUAGUAAACUAAAGCAAUAAUUAUUUAAGUACGGUACUUAUAAAUAACAUUGAUAAAUGAACUGUAUAAUAACAAUAAUUAUAAUCAAUAUAUUAAUUUGAGAUGACAUGAUUUUGAUCACAA